CAAAACUUGGAAGACUACCUAGACUUGUCAAUGGCAGCAUUUGACACGCCGUGGCUGUCGCAUCUUGCACCGGCACCCAUGUCUUCCCGUGAUGAUGCGUCUCACGGCGCAUCACCUCCCUCGUACGAACCUCAACCUUCCAGUACGGGUGCUCCUCCGACAUUUGCAUCUUUCUCCCCAGUAACGCUCUCCGCGAAUACUCCAUCCCGAUCGUCCCGAAGGUCAACUAUCCUCGUCCAUCAAAAGAGCCCCCUGCUCCUCGCUACUCCUCCACAGAUCACCCGCGCUCUCGCCUACAGCCACCCCUUCCUCCUCCCCUUGAAUACGUUCGCAGGCCUCCUCACCUGGAGCACUGGAGAUCCUUGGCAGAGUUUCUUACUGUUGUGCUUCUUCUGGGCGGUUGUUCUGUAUGGCGAUGUAGUAAUAACGUGGGCCGGCCCCGUCUUGGUCGGAGUGGCACUCAUCGUUGGCAUGUACGGCCGGAGAUAUAGUCCCCUCAGUAGUAGUGGGUGGACUGAUAUUCGAGGUCAGAAUGCUGGCACCAAGGGAACAAAUCAGAACGCCGGCGAGAGCAGCCAGCAGAAUGGAAAGGCAAACGCCGGCGAGAAACAGUCGAAACAUGUUAGGGGAAAUUCCGAAGUUACCAACACCAAACAUCAGAAGACACUCGACGAGAUUGUCGAGACUCUUAAACAACUUACUGGGAGAUGUAAUGUUCUGAUGGAACCUCUGCUCGACAUGACGGAUUUCCUAAGCACUCAGACGACCCCGACUAGUGCGACGACGCGCCCAGCGCUGACUGUUAUCUUCAUGCGACUGCUUAUCAUCACUCCUGUUUGGAUUGCGCUUACUGUUCCGCCCUGGAGGGUCGUCACGACAAGGCGUGUAAUACUAGUGGCUGGAACCAUCAUCUUGACUUGGCACGCAAGGGUUCUGCGAGUUUCGCGGGCCAUUCUCUGGAGAAGCUCCACAGUUAGACGACUUGCAUCCGCCAUCACCGGGUUGCAAUUUGAUACUCCCGAACAGCCGUUCAAAAAGGACUUGGCCAAGGCUGCUAAGAAAGGCCAGGACCGUGUUGCUCAACACCAGGAAUCCGAACUUACAAAAGCUCUUGGCAAGGCGUCGAGCUUCCAAACUAAUCAUGGAAGAAGGAACGGCAAUGCGAAGACUGCGGGUGUCAAGUUCACCUUCAUUAUCUAUGAGAAUCAAAGACGAUGGAUCGGGUUGGGAUGGACAAACAACCUCUUUGCAUACGAACGAGCGGCCUGGACAGAUGACCAUAACAACUCAGUUCCCGCCAAAGACGAUUUUGAACUACCCGAGGUAGAAGAUGGAAGUCGUAUGCAGUGGCGAUGGGUUCCUGGAACCCGUUGGCGUGUUGAUGGCGUGUCUGAUGAGCAUGGCCCUGUGGACUAUGACGGGAACGAGGGGAAGAAUGGCUGGAUCUUCUAUGACAACAAGUGGCAAAAUGGCCAGCGGGGUCAAGAUGGAUGGGGUCGCUGGACCCGACGAAGAAAGUGGUAUCGCGAUGCCGAGUUGGUCGAGGUGGACCAACCGGAAGAUGGCCAGGAGACUGAGAAGGAGCUUAAAGAAUCCCCUUCAGUAACGAAACUCAGAUCUCAGCCAUACAAUUCCAGCAACGAAACCAUGGUUCCCGCACGAGCUGUGCCCGAUCAGAGUCAUGGCGAAGACAUCAGUAACGAUGACGCGAGCUCCAAAGCAGCAGACGAUUCCUUGUCAGUACACUCGACAUCUUCCAGAUCUUUCUUCAAGUCGCCCUUGAUGCGGAAACGAAUCGCUGACCGAUCCGGAGCGGAUAACAAAGAGCGCACCAGAAGAGACAGUAGGACGAGUAGGACGAGUAGUUUGUACAACGAUGAUGACGCCGAUGCUCUAAGUGCUGAGUUAGCCCUUGAAAUCCAGAAACAAGGUAGGCCCGGUGGACAAUGGGGGAUAGGCGACGAGGCACGAAUGAGUCUUGAGUAACGGUGCACUUUGGCGGCGUU